CGCAACCUGUCAUCGAUAUCCAUUCUCGGUCGAAAUAAGCGUGCGUAUGUUUUUCUAUAAAUAAAUGUAUGGCACCGCAGACUAAAAAGUAACGAGUAUGCUCGGUCAAUAGGAGCGUGCAUAUGUUUAUUUAUAAAUAUAUGCAGAACGCUGCUUAUCUCUACCCAGCCUAAGAAGUAACUAGAGAUGAGCGAACUUACAGUAAAUUCGAUUCGUCGCGAACUUCUCGGCUCGGCAGUUGAUGACUUUUCCUAAGACGUCUCUAUGGGAAUACUCCUAUCUAUUACAUUAUGACGCCAUCUUGGCGGCGUCUGAGGACACCGAUUAAUGUAUGGACGCCAUUUUGUUGGAGAUUUUGGACAUUCUAUGGGUAUUAUCAACGAUGUCACAUGAUGUGGUUACGCCCCUCUGUGUCAGCCGACACAACAAGAUGGCGGCGGCGUGGUCUCCAUGGUCACACCUGCAAGGAUGUCGGCGGAGGGGGAUCCCGGGAGUCUGGUGAAGGUGGUCUACCUCCUGGUGCUGUCGGCAUCAUGGGGCAUGCAGUGCUGGGUGACGUUUGUGGCAGGCUUCGUGAUGAUCAGGGGGGUCCCCCGGCAUAUGUUUGGACUGGUCCAGAGUAAGCUCUUCCCUUUCUACGGUCAUAUCGUCCUGUGCGCCUCCUUCGUGAACCUGGCCGUGUUCGCAGCGUAUCAUCCGCGGGAGCUGCUGUCCACCUCUGAGAGCGUACAGAUCGCUCUCUUCUUCAUGUCGUUGGUUCUAUCUGCACUCAACGCUCGCUGGUUCUCCCCAGCCACCACAAAAGCCAUGUUUAAGAUGCAGGAAAUAGAGCGUGAGCAUGGCCUAGGAGGAGAAAUUGGAUUAAGCGCCAACAUUGAGGGGUACAAGCGACUGCGGGAGAAGGACCCCAAAUACCAAGCCCUGCGCAAAAGCUUCAUGCGUUACCAUGGCAUCUCCUCUCUCUGCAACUUGGUGUCAUUGCUGUGUAAUGGAGCCAAUCUUGUAUUUACGGCCCUGCUGCUGACCACAAUAUAAGGAGGGUGCAGGAUGGGCCACAGAUCCAGGGACCAGAAACCAUCUACACCAUCUACACUAUUUAAUUCCAGUUCAUUCCUUGUUGAUUAAUGUGAAUUCUCUGCUUAUAAGUUUUUUAUAAUGAAUAAAAUGAAGGAUUUUUAUGAAACACUAAAA